CAAUUCGCCCAGUUCACUCAGUAGGUGCUCAGUAGUGUCAAAGAGACAGUGAUAUAAUAAUAAAUUUAUCUUAAAAUUUAUUACUUUGACAAUAAAAAGCUAGAAAAAAAUAUUUCCUUUGCAAUAAGUGUGCUGUGUAAAUAAAUAAUACUAAUUCCUAUACAAUUCCUAUACUUGUUUGUUAGUAAAGGUUAUUGUUUUGACUGUUGGCUUUCGAAGAAGACACUUAUAAACCUUUACGAUGAGUUACAUGCUUGGGCAUUUACAUAAUGGAUGGCAAGUAGACCAAGCUAUUUUGUCAGAAGAAGACAGAGUUGUGGUUAUACGUUUUGGUCAUGACUGGGACCCAACCUGCAUGAAGAUGGAUGAAGUGUUGUACAGUAUUGCAGAGAAAGUGAAAAAUUUCGCUGUUAUAUAUUUGGUGGACAUCACAGAAGUUCCUGAUUUUAACAAAAUGUAUGAGCUGUAUGAUCCAUGCACGGUGAUGUUUUUCUUCCGGAAUAAGCACAUAAUGAUUGACUUGGGCACGGGUAACAACAACAAAAUCAACUGGCCUCUGGAGGACAAGCAGGAGAUGAUUGACAUUAUAGAGACAGUGUACCGCGGCGCACGUAAGGGCCGUGGUCUUGUCGUCUCGCCCAAAGACUACUCCACAAAAUACAGAUAUUAACAAUGUGUCUUGUCAGUGGCUUGUCUCAUUAAAGACAAAAGAAAUCAGUGUUACUUGACAGUGGUUAACUGCUCUGACAGUAAUCUAUGCAAGAGUUGCUACAGGGUACCAACUUAUCAAAUUAUGGUUGGGAUAGAAUUAUUCAUUACUAAUUGCAGUGGUGUGUUUGUCAACUCUGAAUAUUAUUAAGAAUAUAAUUAUAAUAUAUUUAGUAUUGUGUAUGAACAAGGAGAUGUGAAAUGUGAUCUGGU